UCCCCUUUCCUUCCGCUAUCUCUCUCCCGCUCGGCUGGUGUAGUUCCGCUCCGGUGAGAAAGAGCUGCCGCGGCACUAGAGUUAUUUCACUCGUUUGUCCUCCGACGAACCGUUCCGCUCAUCGCGUCUCCGUCUUUAUCCGGUUCGUAUCUUCAAUUAGGUUUUCCGUAGACGAAAUCGUAUCCCAUGGAUUCCCUUCAUUCCACCAACAGAAGCGAGGGAGAAGUGACGGAGGGGGAGGAGGAAGGAGUACGGCGAUCUCCCGCUGCCGCCGCCGCACUGGACCACAAUCCUCUCCUCCCUCCUCGGCCGCCAGUUCCUCCUCCCGCUGCAAUUGAGCUUCUUUCAUUUCCCGAGCCCGACGCGGCUACGACGAACAAGCAGCAGAAAGUCGCGGUUGGGGCUCCCGCCUCCGAAUCGCUAUCAGAGUCGGACCCCACGACUUCCAACGAUACGGAGAAGCCAAUGGUGAUGGACGAAGAGGAGGAGGCGGAGGAAGAGGACCGGCCGAGUAAGAAGCAUAAGCAGGAGGUAAAGGUAAAGGGAAAGGAAGAGGAAGAAGCAGAAGAAGAGGAGCAGCAGCAACAACCGGAGGCGAUGACUCCCGUAGAGGAAAUUUCCAAUGGAGAUGAAGCAGUCAACGGUGAGAACGGGAGCGUCGAGGAGGAGGCGAAAGCUCCUCCAUCCGCUGCAGCAGCAGCAGCAGCAGCAGCUACCACGCAAUCCGCCGCGAAGAAGAAGUCGAAGAAGAAGAGCAAUAACAAUGUCUGGUCGACGAGGUCCACUCGGAAGGGUAAGAAGAAGGCGAAGCCGAACCCGCAGAGCACGCCCACGGAGGACACCGUGUCGAUCACUCCCGUCCCCAGGUUCCCGGACAAGAACGACGAUUCUCCGGAGAUGGCAAUUUGCUUGUCCAAGGCGUACAAGGCGGAGAAAGUAGAGCUCAGCGAGGACAGGUUGAGCGCUGGGAGCUCCAAGGGUUACAGGAUGGCGAGGGCAACUAGAGGGGUUUGUGAAGGUGCUUGGUACUUCGAGACCAAGGUUGAGAGUCUGGGAGAGACUGGGCAUACGCGGCUCGGGUGGUCUACUGAGAAAGGGGACUUGCAGGCGCCGGUUGGCUACGAUGGGAACAGUUUUGGGUAUAGAGAUAUUGAUGGUAGUAAGAUUCAUAAGGCAUUGAGGGAGAAGUAUGGGGAAGAAGGGUACAAAGAAGGGGAUGUUAUUGGGUUCUAUAUUAACUUGCCCGAUGGUGGUUCAUAUGCUCCUAAGCCACCUCGUUUGGUUUGGUAUAAAGGACAGAGGUAUUUAUGUGCUCCAGAUGCCAAGGAGGAUCCUCCUAAGAUUGUGCCGGGAAGUGAGAUAUCAUUCUUCAAGAAUGGCAUAUGUCAAGGGGUUGCAUUCAAGGAUUUAUACGGUGGGCGCUACUACCCUGCUGCAUCAAUGUACACGCUUCCGAACCAACCAAAUUGUGUUGUAAGGUUUAAUUUUGGCCCAGACUUCAAUUUUUUCCCAGAGGAUUUUGGUGGGCGUCCCAUGCCAAGGCCCAUGAUUGAAGUUCCUUAUCAUGGGUUUGAUGCUCGUGUUGACAGUGGCACGCCCAAUGAGGAGAAACAGUAGUACACAGUCUCUUUGAUGCUUACCACAUUGGUUUUUGGUUUCACUAGUUGGCACUCUAGAUGUCAAAUUAGAAUUGUCUAACAAAACAUCUUAUGUAAACUCUACAUUUCUUGAAUGACUAAAGAAGAGCGAUUUUCCUUGUGAAAUAUGAAGCAAUUGGAAUGAGGCUGGCUGAUGACAUUUGAUUUCACGAUAUUAGUUAGUUUAUUGUUCUUAUAAAACAAGUCUGAAUACUUCUGAUGAGUUUUAUGGUAUUUUUUGAAUGGUGCAACUUAUCAGAUUAUUCAUGUCAUGUUUAUAUAUUAUGAGUUAUGUACUACGUAAUCUGUGUGUUUUUUCUUCAAUGUCAAUAUGCUUCUUUGUUUUCUG